CGUCUCCUCGCACCCCCUCAUGCCCGGCUGCGAACUGCCCGCGGGCACCUGCCCGGACAUGUGCCCGGCCGCCGAGCGCGCCCAGCGUGAAAGGGAGCGCCGCCUGCACCGCUUGGAGGUGGCGCCGGGGUGUCGCCAGGACCCGCCGCGCGCUGAUCCGCAGCGCGCGGUGAAGGAGUACAGCCGACCAGCCGCCGGCAAGCCCCGGCCCCCACCCAGCCAGUUGCGUCCGCCCUCUGUGCUGCUGGCCACCGUGCGCUACCUGGCGGGUGAGGUGGCAGAGAGCACAGACGCCGCCCGCGCAGAGGUGGCCAGCUUCGUGGCGGACCGCCUGCGAGCCGUGCGCCUGGACCUGGCCCUGCAGGGCGCGGGCGACGCCGAGGCAGCAGUGGUGCUCGAGGCGGCGCUGGCCACGCUGCUGGCCGUGGUGGCGCGGCUCGGGCCCGACGUGGCGCGGGGACCCGCGGACCCGGUGCUGCUGCAGGCCCAGGUGCAGGAGGGCUUCGGCUCGCUGCGGCGCUGCUACGCUCGGAGCACCGGACCGCACCCCCGCCAGCCGGCUUUCCAGGGCCUCUUUCUGCUCUAUAACCUGGAGAUGAGGUCUCACUUGUUGCCACUCGAAUUCCUGGGCUCAAGUGAUCCUCCUGCCCCACCUUUCCAAGUAUCUGGGUGCCUGCCAUCAUGCCCAGUUAAUGGUUUAUCUUGUUCACACUGUGAAGAAGACAGUAAUUAUCCCUGGUCUAGUGGGGGAAGAAACCGAAGCCCAGGGUGGUGAGUUGACUUGCCUCUUGACACAGCACUGAACAGUAGCAGAGGUAGGACCAUGAUUUUCUUUUAAUUUUUAAAAAUUUAUUUUUACAUAGAGAUUGGGGUCUUGCCAUGUUAACUAGGAUGAUCUCAAACUCCUGGGCUAAACUGAUCCUACCACCUUGGUCCCCCAAAGUGCUAGGAUUACAGGCAUGAGCCACUGUGCCCAGCCCUCUAAUAAGCUCUGUUCUGGCCCGGCCCUCUCUACUAAAAAUGCAGAAAUUAUCUGGGCAUGUGGCACAUGCCUGUAAUCCCAGCUACUCGGGAGGCUGAUGCCGGAGAAUCACUUGAACCUGCGAGGUGGUGGAGGUUGCAGUGACCCACUAUACUCCAGCCCGGGUGACAGAGCAAGUGGUCUCAAAAAAAAAGACUGUUCUAUACAGUUGUAACAAAAUGCUGUUGACUUCACAACCUACUAAUUGUUUAGAAGCCCCAGUUUACAAAAGUGGCCCAAGGUUCCAGUGCCUGAAACUCUUCUGGAAGGGAAGUAGGAGCAUAAUCUCCUGAAGAAUUGGCCUUCUGGGGUGGUCAGGAGAAGGUGAGGCAGAAUUGGCUUCCAAAACUGUGGGUGCAGGGAAGCCAGGGUAGUGGGAAAUCAAGUCAGAAAACUUGGAUUGGGGUCACCACUCUCAGACGAGUCAUUCAUUACAUUAUCUGGGCCAGCUUCCCAAAGCGGUACACCCUGCCUACCUCAGUGUUGUAAGUAAGGAUCCGGACUGCAGGAGGUCUAGAGCCUGAGGCAACUCAUUCAAAUAUGGGUCAGGGAAGGAGCCAAUGGCUGGACCUUAGAGGGAGGAGGGAAGGUGGGCUAGGCCUGGAGAAGGGGUGUGUUCAGGUAGGUGGGAGGGAGGUCUGGAGCUGAGCUUGGGCCAGAGGAAGGUGGGCGUGGCAAGGAAGAAUGAAGAGUUGGGAGUGGAGAUGGUCCUGAUCCUGUAAGGACCUGGCAUCCUCAUUCUGGCUUCCCACCC